AUGGAGCUCCCAAGCCUCAUACACUGCAGCAAGGUCCUUACCUACAGUCCAGGAUGCAUGACGAGUAUCAGCGCCGUCGCCGUCCCGGUCUUUCUCGACACAACGCCGGAGCCGGCACUCUUGUUCCAGCAGUGGGCCCGCACUUACCACUAUGGCCACCAAGCCCUGCCGACACUCUCCGUAGCUACGUGCGGUCUUUAUGCUUAUUUGACCAUGAAGAGGCGCGCCGCCCAGCAACCUUGGGUUGCCUACGCUGCUGCUGCGAUCGUGACCGUGAUCAUGGUGCCAUUCACCUGGAUCGUGAUGGUUCCUACGAACAACCUUCUCUUUAGGUUGACGGCAGAGAGUCAGGUGCAGCCUCUGAAUUUCAAGUAUGGAGGCGGCAUUACAAAGAAAGUGCAGCGCGCAAUUCUCGCUGUAGUUUGGAACGCUGAUGGAUCUACAAAGAUGGAGAUUGGAACAGAGCACUACUAG